AUGUGGAACCACGUGAAACCAUUUUUAGGGCACCUGGUUUUUCAAAUCUACAACUUUAAUAUUAAUCUAACAGCCAAGUCUAAAUUAGUUCCUACGCUGUCGAAGCCGACAACCAAAAAAGAGGACGAGUUGAGGAAAGUGGCCAAGCAAGAAAGGAAAGAAAUAUUUCAUAAGUACACCGUUGGGCGUGACAGAGUAACAUUGGAGCCAUGGGACGACCCUGAAUACGAGAUAUACAAGACGACGGAUCGAUACGGCUUCAUCCACAAAACUGCCUUACCAAAAGCGCUGUCGAUGAAGGAGGUCAAGCACAAGCAGACUGAGAUGAAGAGGACGCAAAAAUGGCGGAAGAUGAUCACCAAGUGGGAGGAGUCACUGCCGGGGGAGAAGAAGUCCAACCAGCAACAACAACAGACACACACUCGCAGAGUUUGUCUGAUUGGCGGAAAUCUGUUCGCGUUCGAACCCGGUCACUGUCGAGGCAGCAAAAAGAGAUUGUACAAAGGAAUUCCGGAUUCCUUGCGGGGCCGCGUCUGGAACUUGCUCCUGGAAAUUCCCAGGAUGAAACAGGAGCAGGCAGGCGUCUAUGACAGGCUAAAACUUUUGGCUCCGAGGCACGGAUACGACGCCAGACAGAUCGACCUAGAUAUCAACAGAACCUACCGAAAUCACGUGAUGUUCUACAGGAGAUAUGACGUCAAGCAGCAGGACCUGUUCUGGGUGCUAUCUGCCUACUCGGCAUACAACGUUGAAGUUGGCUACUGCCAGGGCAUGAGUCAGAUUGCAGCCGUUUUACUCAUGUACAUGAACGAGGAGGAUGCUUUUUGGUCCUUGUCGGCACUCUUUAGCAAUAGAACACACGCCAUGCAUGGGUUUUUCAUUCCGGGAUUCCCCAAGUUGUUUCGGUUUCAGCAGCAUCAUGACAAGAUACUAGAAAAAUGUCUGCCAAGAGUGCACAAACACUUUUUGAAACAUUCCAUAUCAGCAACGUUGUACACCAUAAAAUGGUACCUGCAGUGCUUCCUAGAUAGGGUGCCCUUCAGUUUGACCUUGAGGUUGUGGGAUGUUUACAUGAAAGAGGGUGAACGAUUGUUGGUGGCCAUGGGCUAUACCAUUAUAAAAAUGUUUCAAAAGGACCUGACCCGCAUGUCCUGUGACGACCUGCUAAACUUCUUCCAACACCUCGACACUAAUCCGGUCUUCAAUUCUGGACCGGAAGCCGACGACGCCAUCUUGUUGAGUUUGAAAAACAACAUGGCGGAGCUGAAGAAACUGGGACUGGACCUGCCGCCGGAACCGGCCAACUGGUCGGACGAGUUGCCCAACUUGCCGUUCGGUGUGGCCGUUGAAAAUAAGGGUAGACCGGAAGACGACGACGAUGAUGAUGAUGAUGCCGACGAUGAACGAGAUGAUGAUGAUGAUGAUGGUAGAGGCAGAACAAUAUCGAAUGCCGGAAAGUUGAAGAAUGAUGACGACGGCGAUGACGUAACGGCGAAAAUGAGGUCAAACAAAAGUGGGUCAUCACGAAAAUCGUCGACAUCGUCAUCCAGGGCUAAGGACAAGCUGUCCAACGAUAACAGCCCAGCGAACGCGGACGUUAGGAAAGUUAGCAGCACUUUUUCCAAAAGUAGGUCAGCUAGGAAUUUGAAACGAGGUCAAAGUAUCAUUAUCAUACCUCCGGAUGGUGGGAGGGAGAACUUGAAGAUUGUGGAGGAAAGCGCGGCGUCCGUUGUUGAGGAUAAGUUGAGGUCGGCUGCAAAUGGCGUGCUCUCAAAUGACGUUCCUGUCGCUGCUGGGGCUGCAGUUGGGAAACACGCUGACCCUGGUGGCAACGACGAUGACGUAAUAUUAAAAGACUCAACAACAACAGCAGCAGCAACGAUGUUGGCGACGACAUCAACAUCAGCAACAGUGUUGGCAACAACAACAGCAACAGUGUUGGCGACGACAUCAACAUCAGCCGCAACAGCAAUUUCGACAGCGCCUGCAACAACUUCGUCUGGUGUUCUUACUGAUGGCAAUAACGGUAAUGCGACCAACAACAACAACAACAAUAAUAAUAAUAACAACAACAACAAUAAUAAUAACAACAAUAAUAAUAAUGACAGUUCAACAACAUUUCUAAACGGUGCUACUCGGCAACUGCAAUAUCACAACAACAACCAUAACAUCAACAACAACAACAACAACAACAACCAUAACAUUAACAACAACAGCAGCCAUAACAACAACAACAAAGUAUUCAUACAUGACAGAGAUUACGUAGCAAAAUUAUGAUAAGAACAACAACAGCAACAACAAUGACAGCCACUGCUGUAGUAUUAAUUAAAAUAAUAAUAUAUUAAUUUAUUAUUAUCAUUAU